UCCUUCUUCACUGCCUCCAUCUUCCCCACCGCUCUCCCCGUUCCUCCCCAGCCCCGAACCAAAAGAGAAGGGAAAAAACAUAUUAUGGGCAACACCCUCACCACCCCACCCGCACCCCCCUUCAUCGCCAUCUCCGGCCCCCGCUCCAAAGUCCUUUUCCCCACAAACUCGACCUUCGCCUUCCUGCCCCCGGAGUUCCCCACGGGCCUACACGACUCUGCGAAAUCCUACGGGCCGUACCAAGCGGGAAAGUGGGGUAGGGGUAAGAAGAACAGGAAAUACUACGACACCGGAAUACCCAUCUACACGCCUGUACCGGGGAAUCGGAAACCGAGAUAUAAGUGGCAGGAUAAGGGGAAGAGUAAGAGAGGGGGAGGUGGGAAGGGAUACGCAUACUUUGAUUCUGGGCAACGAGACUGGGAAGGAGACACGGCGACCACGACGACAGGGCCGACCUCGACGGCGACGUAUGGCAGUUCGAUUCUAUCAGAGCCGUCGAUCGAGAGGGUUCCGCAUAAAAGGAGGCAUAGCGGUAGCUUCCCCGUCCGACGGCCUUCGGGACCGAGACCGGUGUUUCCGAGACGAGGUACGGGCGUCGGAAGGAGAGACGCCCGUUCGGUGGUCAGUGAUACGGAUAUGGGACAUGUCCCUGGGUGGAGACAGAUAGGGAGGCGUCCUGGGGGGAUGAUGGGUAUGGGCGUGGGCAUGGGAGGGCCGUACGGUGCGGCAGGAGGCAUGGGGAUGGAGAGACCCUGGACUGCGCCGGCGGCGUAUCCGGCCAUGGGAGGGAUGGCCAUGGGUAUGGAUGGAGGGAUGGAUGGAAUGGGCGUAGGAGCUGGAGGCGUUCCGGCAUAUGGCGUGCCCGCAACAGGAGCAGGGGCAGCAUACCCAGGCACAGUACCAGGAGGAGCAGGAGCAGCAGGAGCGGCACCGAACCCGUACGCCUACGCAUACGUCCCUCAACACCAAACCGGACACCCAGGAGCAGCAGGACUAGGAGGCGGGAUUCCACCCGCCAACCACUACCCCCAACAGCAACAAUCACAACCACCACCACCGCACUACACCACCAACCGCCCUCCAACACCCCGUGGCGUCGCCCGUGUAGGCCACGGCCCAUAUGUCCCCGCCGCAGGUGCAGACCACGGACACGACAGAAACCGCACCAACAAGCGGGCUCCAAUCUCCCGCGACGACGACGGCGGCAACAACAACACCUCCCACCAAUCGACGAAACCCUACCACUCCCUCACCUCCCUCGACGCCUGCAUCUGCACCACCAACUGCACAUGCCGCAAAGGGCACCGCGUCGUCUACUUUGAAGACCGGGACGACGGUUCGGGCCCCCUGCGCGGCGAGAUCCGAUACGUGCUGCGCGACGACCUUGGGAAAGAUUGCGGGGAUCAUAGUGCGUGUUUUACGCGCGAGGGCAGGAGGAAGGGCACCGUGGGCGUGGAGGAGAAGUUGGGCGAGGUGAGGAGGGAGGUCAGGGAUGGGUUGAGGGAGAUUCGGGAGGCGGUUGCUGGGGGUGGGGGGAUGGGGAGAGCGGGUGGAGGUGGUGGUGGUGGAGGUAAUGGCUACGCAGUCGAUCAUGGUCAUGGAUAUCCAUUUGGUUUUGCAAAUGGCUAUCCCACACACAUACCACCACCCGGGUACUCCUCCUUCCCCACGGGAGGAGCAGGCAUGGACGACAUCUAUGACCCCUCUCCCCCGGACUUCCUUCACCACAUGCACAUGUAUCCUCCUCCCCCCAACAACACCGGCGCCGGUGCAAGACACCGCAUGAUGGUACCUCCCGAUUUCCCACGCAGCAGACCACAACCACCACCAUUAGGUCGCCCUCGCGGCGGUCCCUUCGCACCGCCUGGCAUGGGAAUGAGGCCGCCAUUUGGCCGCCGCGGUCCACCUGCACCACCUCCUGGAAUCGGAGGCGGUAUGGGGAUGGGCAUGCCCAUGGGAAGAAUGCCUCCACGAGGCGGGCCUGGAGGAGGUGCACCAGAAGGGAGGAGACAUGCCCGGCCACCACCACCAGGCGGAGGACGAGGAGGAGGAGGAGGAGCAAGCGGAUUCGCCCCCGGACGUCGCGGCCGCUCUGGUUUCCCUGCCGAUAUCGAGGACAAUGUAGAUGGAGGAGGUCUCGGAGUGGGUAUGGGUAUGGGUAUGGGUGGUGGUGGUGGUGGCGGUGAUAGAUUCGGAGAUGUUGGUAUGGGAAUGGGGAUGGGGAUGGAAAUGAACGGCGGAGACGAUGGCGAAGACGACGACGACGACGACUGGGAGGAUAUGCCCGACGGUACGUAGUCUCCCAAGCCAAUUCUAGUGCUGGCUGGCCGGUAAGCUGACAUACCCAGAGACCUAGAGGGUCUGGAGCGCGAGUGGUCUCCUCCUCCUCCUGCUCCUGCAAGAGGAGGACGAGGUAGUUCCGCCGGGAGAGGCAGACCGCGAAAUCGGCGAGUAUCACCUGCAACCGGUGCAAAGAGAGGCGGAGGGGCCAGGGGAAGAAGACAGGCUCACGUGGAGGACGGGUCGGAGGAGUGAAGAGAGGCCGCUGAGGAAAUGGGAUCAGGGUCUGUCUAUAGCCUAGAAACUCUACGGAUAGAUCAGAUUUGGCAGUGCAGGUGGGGCCUUCAAAUCGUUGUUGCUACACGUGUCUCUUCAUAUCUUUUCACCUUUUACAAUUUCUGUGAACAUACAUAAUAAACGCAUCACAAGCCUUGCACGAGAC